AAGCGCACGUGACGCCCACAAACGCGGUGUGGACAGGGACUCCCUCCAGCUCGAGACACCUCCUUCAUCACCGCAACUAAACUCCGCCGAUGACAUGCUGAAACACUCACGUCCACAUCCAGAUGGCUGGACUGGCCAGAUCUCUGAUGUCUGCCAGAAGAAAUGAUCCAGACUGGAGCAGAUCCAGACAUUCACACGGAGGCGCUGUCGGUGGUGAGCGAGGAUCAGUCCUUAUUUGAGUGUGCAUACGGUGCGUCUCAUUGUAAAGCGGACAUGACGGCAUCUGCCGCGGCUGAAUACGCACAGAAUAAACUCAGUCCCAGAGUGCAGCAGGACUGGAUGGCUCCGCCCACCGGACGCAUCACUGUGAAGAUGGAGUGCAGCAGCAGUGCAGGAGGAGCUGCGCAGGUCAACGGCUGCAGAAGUUCUCCUGAUGACUGUACCGUGGUUAAAGGAAAGCUGUCAGUGGGUGAGAAUGUUCCGGUGAUGUUCAGUAACUACAUGGAGGACAAACACACACCACCUCCAAACAUGACCACUAAUGAGCGCAGAGUCAUCGUACCUGCAGAUCCGGUGCUGUGGUCAUCGGAUCACGUGUGUCAGUGGCUGGAGUGGGCCGUGAAGGAAUACAGUCUGCCGCAGGUCGACGUGUCGCUGUUUUACCGUGUGGAUGGGAAGGAGCUCUGUAAGAUGACCAAAGACGAUGUCCAGCGUCUCACCAGCAGCUACACGGCAGAUAUUCUGCUGUCACACCUGCAGUACCUGCGAGAGACUCCACUCCCUCACUUGACUUCAGAUGAUGUUGACAAAGCCUUGCAAAACUCCCCGCGGUUAAUGCAUGCUCGCAACACAGGAGGAGCCAGUUUUAUUUUCCCAAAUGCUCCCGUCUGUCCUCCAGACGCCCCCAGAGGUCCCAUCAGAGCGGAUGCCAGUUAUGACGUGGGCAGACGUGCUGUGUGGCCUCAGACUGUAUCUGCUGCUAAAGUUUCUCAGAGUUCAACUUCCAUCAUGACUAAAACUGAGGAUCAGAGAGUUCAUUUAGAUCUUUAUCAGAUUUUGGGGCCGACCAGCAGCAGACUGGCAAAUCCAGGUUCAGGUCAGAUCCAGCUGUGGCAGUUUCUCCUGGAGCUUUUGUCCAACAGCUCAAACUCGUCCUGCAUCACAUGGGAGGGAACCAACGGCGAGUUUAAGAUGACCGACCCGGACGAGGUGGCGCGGCGCUGGGGCGAGAGGAAGAGCAAACCCAACAUGAACUACGACAAAAUGAGUCGUGCUUUGCGCUACUAUUACGACAAAAACAUCAUGACCAAAGUCCACGGCAAACGCUAUGCAUACAAGUUUGACUUCCGCGGCAUCGCUCAGGCCCUGCAGCCGCCCCCGCCCGAGUCGUCCAUAUACAAGUACCCUGCGGACCUGUCGUACAUGAGCCCGUAUCACCCUCAGCCGCUGCCCGCCACCUCGCCCAGUUUCUUCGCCGCUACGAGUCCUUAUUGGAACUCGCCCGCAGCUGGCAUCUACCCCGGCCCUCGCCACCCGCCCGCUCACAUGCCCCCACACCUGGGCUCCUACUACUAAACAUUUCACACUAAACCGAUCAGUCGCCCAUCGGGCACUCGCUGGAUUUAAACCGGAGAAUCUACACAAUGAGCUCUACAUACAGACGUGUGGCAUCUGAGAAACGUCACGAUCUGCUGAACAAUCAAAUAAUAAUGUGAACAUGUUGCUUCAGACCUAGCGAGCUGCUUCGAAAGCGUCGUCUUAACUGAUGAUUUUACAUGUUUAGCACUUCAGAAGUUAAGCCUUGAUGUCCUCAAAACUCUCAUGAGACAAUUUAACAUGUAUUUCAUUUGUCCUGUGUGUAACGUCUCGUGCACGGCCGAGCAUACACAUUACGACUGCUUUAAGAGACGCUAAAAAUAAAUCCUGGUAAAUUUACCGUAAAAAUACAGUGACCAUGUUUCAGGCAAUUAUGGGAUGUCAUUUUGGCACCCGUAUAUUUACAGUUCACUACCGUAUACAUCAAAAUAGUAAUCCACUACAAAUUAUUUGUAUUAAAUUGUAAUCCGAUUACUUUACUAAUUACAUCAUGGGAAAGUAAUCUCAUUACUAAUUACUUUUAAGUUUCUUUCAAAAACACUUUUCAGAUCAACAAAUUCAAAAUAAUUUCUGUAUUUGUUUGUUGAUUGUCACACACAGGGUCACACACACAUCACAAGGACAUCAUUCUAUAUAAAUAAUAUAUAUUACAAAUCAGAAUAACACUGUCAUGAACAACAUGCAUUACACUACUUUUCUGAGUAAAAGUAAUGAGAUUACAGUAACUGAUUACUUUGUAAUUGGAUUACACUCAACACUGAUCAUUACAUGUAUAAUACAACAUGGAGAAAAACAGUCAAAUCUGUUUUGCACUUUUAACCAUCAAAGAAACACGCAUGUGCUAAAGCAAAAAACUAUUAAUGUAACGACAAUAUAAACACACGAGAAACACACGACACUAAAGUAAUCAAAUACUGUAACAUUUCAAAUAAAGCUGCACUAUGGUCAUAACAAACAUUAAUAUAAUAUAUAUAUUUGACUGUAAAAUGACAUAUAUUUAUAUAUAAAAUAUAAUCUUAUACUGUACCUGGUACGGUAACGAUCAGUUAACCAAUCAAUGCAGGAUUAUUACAUGUUAAUGUUUUCCGGUGAUUUCUUCAGUUGUUCUCCGCACACGACUGAUGUAUUCUUUAUAAUACUGCCUCUGUAGGCAGCACUCUACGGUCUGUAGGCAGCACUCUACGGUCUGUAGGCAGCACUCUACGGUUUGUAGGCAGCUCGCUACGGUCUGUAGGCAGCACUCUACGGUCUUCAGGCAGCUCGCUACGGUCUGUAGGCAGCACUCUACGGUCUGUAGGCAGCACUCUACGGUCUGUAGGCAGCACUCUACGGUCUGUAGGCAGCACUCUACGGUCUGUAGGCAGCACUCUACGGUCUGUAGGCAGCACUCUACGGUCUGUAGGCAGCUCGCUACGGUCUGUAG